CGCCCUUCCACCAGAAAGCUGUAAACAUCAAAUAAUAAAUGAAGCGCGCCAGUUUAGGGGGCCAUACGCCUGUAAACUUAAAUUCAUUGAAUGAUGAUGCAUUGGAGAAAAAGAAGGCUAAAGAAAAAAGCAGGAAGGAACGUGAAUUCAGAAGAAGCUCAGCGCUUCAUUCUAUUACUCCCAGAAGAGAAUCUUUAGGAGGACCAGGCUAUGGAUCACCCUUUAAUAGCUCGUAUCAAGUUCCUGUUUUGUCUAACUUUGAAGAAUGGAUCAAACUAGCUACCGAUAAUAAGAUCAAUUCAACAAACACAUGGAACUUUGCACUCAUCGAUUAUUUCCAUGAUAUGUCUUUGCUUCGAGAUGGAGAAGCUAUCAACUUUCAAAAAGCCAGUUGCACUCUAGAUGGAUGUGUAAAAAUUUAUACAUCUCGAAUUGAUUCAGUUGCUACAGAAACAGGAAAGCUACUUAGUGGACUCGCCAAUGAUUCCAAAACCCUUGGUGAAAUUGAAGAAUCUAGCGAGAACGUAGAAGAGGAAGAAGGAAGGAAGAAACGUGAACGAAAACGCGCGAAUCGAUCUGUCAAUACGCUUGCUAAAGAUUUCGAAAGCUUACGGGCAAAACGGUUCGAGUUAGAAGGCUCUUUUGAUCCAUUAUUUAAAAAAAUGUGUGCAGAUUUUGAUGAGGACGGUGCAAAAGGGCUUUUAAUGAACCAUUUGUCCGUCGAUCAACAUGGUAAAAUAGUUUUUGACUCCAGUGACGCUAUUAUUAAGGAUUUAGAAGGAAAUGAUGAUCCGAAGGAGAAUGUUUUGGAAAAUAAUGCUUCUGAAGAUCCAGAAACUGGAAAUGAGAAUAAGAGUACUUAUGCCGAUGGUAUUUCCUUGGAGGCCCUGGGAAGUAUUCAAAAACGUUAUUUCAUUGAUAUUGAUCAACUUACGAUUUGUCCUUCCUUGCAAGGGUUUGAAUUUGAUAAUAAAGGUAACCUGGAUGUUUCAUUGCUAAAGUCUUUAAGUGAUGAGGUGAAUAUGAUUGCGCCGAAUUCAUUGUUAGAAGAACAAGCAGCUAUGAAUGGAGAUGUGGAAAUUGGCUCAUUACCGACGGAUUCUGAGGAGGAUGAUAAUGAUAAUGAGCAAGGACACAUUGUUCAUGCACUUGAAGACAUGGCUUACGGUGAUGAAAACAUAGACUUAUCUGCGAAACCAUUAGAUGAGUUUGAGGAACCAAACAAAAGUAUACACGAUGAUACGGAAGCAGGUGAAACUAUCAAUUUAGCGAAUAAUUCAGUUGACAACUUAUCAUCCAUCAAUGGAAUUUACGAGUAUUUUGACAAGUCGAUAAAGAAGAACUGGGCCGGUCCCGAGCAUUGGCGUAUUCAAGCUCUACGGAAAAGGAGUGUUUCUCAGGCCCCUGGAAUGGAUUCUUCCAAUGUUUCUGAGGGCGUUGACAAUACUCGGGUAUCAAAUUCUUUAGAACGUAGACGGCGUCGUGAAGCAGAUAACACUAUCGACUUUUCGAAGGAGGUUGAUCUCGAUUCUUUGUUUACUCCUGCUUCCGGUAAUUUGAAGCUUCCGAAAUCGCAUUGGAAAAAACGUAAUCGAUGCUUACUACCAGAUGACUAUCAGUAUGAUUCCAGACGGCUUUUACAGCUCUUUCUUAAACCAAAAGUAUCCCUUUUACCGUUUACAUCAUUUAAUGGAGAAACCGGUGUUAAACAGGUGUUUGAAGGACAGGAUGAAGCAGAUACUGCUCCCAUAUACCCUACGGGAUUUGACGAUGACAGCGAUGGCGGAGAUAUGGAUGGCCAAGCUUUGCAUGAAUUUGAUGGAGGAUCUAUGCAAGAAUUUCGGGAAAACACAACAUCACCUACACCACCCUCCUCUGCUGGGUUUGGAGAAAAUUUAUUACUGAAUGCACGACUUGCCAAACCGGAUAGUAUUAAUUACGCUAAACGAGCCAAAAGAGUAGAUGUUAAGGUAUUGAAAGAAAACAUCUGGAAAUGCUUAGACCUUGAAGAAAAUAAUUCGCGUGAAACGUCGAAAUCCAACGUCGAAUCUAAUCCAGAAGGCGAUGAUGAGCUGAAAGAAGAAGAAAAAGAAGAACCAGUGCGUACCUUUUCCUCAACUGUUGCUCAACUAGAGAAUAUGUAUGGUCAAAAGGACCUGAAGGAUAUAUCUACAAGCUUUGCAUUUAUUUGUUUAUUGCACCUUGCUAAUGAAAAUGCUCUUAAUCUGACCAGUAACGAAGACUUUUCAGAUGUAUUCAUUCAACAUGACCCUAAUUUGACUAGCUUGGAAGAAAUGGAAAAGAAUAUGUAACAUCGCUCAUUUUAUGAUGGCAUUCAUGCUGGUCAUUAGUGUCACUUUCUUUUUUUUUUACGGAAUUUUAGGUUGUAUUUAAUGAAAGAAGAGGUUUAAUGGAUUACAUCUCCUUAUUGUUUUUAUCCUUUGUAUUUCUUUUGACUUGGGUAAUGAUUCAUCAAUGUAAGUAAUGUCCUUAAAGUGGAAGGACCCUCAUUAGUCCCUUUCUGUCUUCGCGGCGUAAUAUCAUGAAAUAUUUAUAUUAAUAAAGGAAAUCAAUUUAUGAAAUUGCCGUCAACUACGCGAUCAUGUGAAUAUAUUUCAUACGUUCUUCUUGCUAGUAAUUGCGGUCCUUCCCGGUACGCUCAUUCCUUUCCUUGUGUAAUAAGCAGGGGAUUCAGAAGCUCUACUAGUUCAUGAACCGUUAUAGUUCUUGUUAAAGGUGCCUAACAGAAAACAUUUCUUUCCCCAAUAGCAACUCGAAGCAUCAUUUUAUAACUCUUAAGGCUAUAUGACCGGACAAGGCUGUUUUCGCUUUGAGGAUCAUAAGAUUCUCAUUCCAUAUAUCAAAGCCAUAUCUCAUUCAGCUCAAUCUUCACUUUCUUUAUUUGUUUACUAUUUAGCGCACCCGAUGGAUAACUUAAAGGAUCCAUAGUUACUCAGCCUUAGUCGUCCUUAAGCCAACGUUGUUACUUGCCGUAUCCCAAGCAGUCUGAAUAAACAAGCCCCAUUUCUUGUUUGUUUUUAGAACUUACCUCAAAC